CAAACUUGAAGACUGCAGACCUGCAGGCCUGCAAUCUGUUUAGUAAAAAACAAAACAGUUCACGUCAGGCAAUUGUUAAUACAAUUGAUGUUCUAACAACUGAUUUAGUGCAAACGUCUUGAUUUUUCUAGCACAAAAGUCACUAAAUAUACAAAACGAAUAUGUUUCAAUUAAGACAUGUGACGUAUACCGCAACAAAGGGCAAAGGCACUGCAUAUUUGAAAAAGCUAGCUCUUGAAUCGAACUCAAGUUAUUUGCAGAAAUAUCAAAAUAUAUGUUCAGUUGUUCCAAAUACAAAUCUUAAAGAUUUUGAAAUUAAAAAUGAACCAAUACUUGAGUACAAAAAGGGGUCCGCUGAGCGUUCACAGUUGGAAAAGGCUUUAAAAACUGCAACUGCAGCUUGUGAAGAAAUACCUAUAGUUGUUGGUGGCAAGGAAAUAAGAACUGAUAAUGUUGUUUAUCAGGUAAUGCCACAUAACCAUUCACACAAAUUGUCUAAAUUUUACUAUGCGGAUAGUAAAAUAAUACAAAAUGCUAUAAAAGUUGCGGUAGAAACACAAAAAAAAUGGGAUCGGACACCCCUUAACGAACGUUUAACCAUUUGGGAACGUGCAGCAGAUUUAAUGGCGGGUAAAUAUAGACAAGAUUUAAAUGCAGCUACAAUGCUUGGUCAAUCGAAAACUGUGAUUCAGGCUGAAAUCGAUUCUUCAGCAGAACUUAUUGAUUUCAUAAGAAUGAAUGCUUACUUCCUCAAAGAAUGUGCAAAGUAUCAACCAAUCAGCGAAAAUAUUAAAGUUACUAAGAAUUCGAUGCGAUAUCGUGGUAUUGAUGGAUUUGUAGCUGCUGUAAGUCCUUUUAAUUUUACAGCAAUUGGUGGAAAUUUGGCCUAUACCCCAGCUUUGAUGGGUAAUGCUGUUCUAUGGAAACCUUCCGAUACAGCCAUGCUUUCCAAUUGGCGCAUUUUCAAUAUUAUGCGUGAAGCCGGUGUACCCGAUGGCGUAGUUAAUUUUGUACCAGCCGAUGGACCAGUUUUUGGCGAUACUAUAACUAAAUCCCCAUAUUUAGCUGGCAUUAACUUUACUGGAUCUGUUCCCACAUUUAACCGGUUGUGGAAACAAGUUGGUAACAAUAUAGACAGUUAUAUUAAUUUUCCACGACUUAUUGGUGAAUGCGGUGGCAAAAAUUUUCAUUUUGUGCACCCAACAGCCGAUGUUGAUACAGUUGUAAGUGCAACAAUUCGUUCAGCAUUUGAAUACUGCGGACAAAAAUGUUCGGCCUGUUCGCGCAUGUAUGUACCAGAAUCAUUGUGGUCUAAGAUUAAGAGUGGUUUGAUUGCAGAGGCUGAAAAACUAAAACUUGGUGAUGUUCAGGAUACUACAUCGUUUACAUCUGCAGUUAUUGAUGAUAAAGCAUUUAACCGCAUUACGUCUUAUAUUGAACAUGCUAAAAACACACCAUCUUUAAAUAUACUUACUGGUGGAACUUAUUCAAAAAAAAUUGGCUAUUUUGUGACUCCUACAAUUGUACAAACCCAAGAUCCUUUAGAUAGAAUUAUGACUGAAGAAAUUUUUGGUCCCGUUUUGACCGUAUAUGUUUACAAAGAUGGUGAUUUAAAUCAGGCUAUGAAUUUAGUUAAUACAUCUACUAAAUUUGCUUUAACUGGUGCAGUGUUUGCACGUGACGAGAAUUUCCUAGAUCAAGCUUUGGAGGAGUUUAAAAUGACUGCAGGCAAUUUCUAUAUUAAUGAUAAAUCUACUGGAUCUGUUGUCGGUCAACAACCAUUCGGUGGUGGACGCAUGUCAGGCACAAACGACAAGGCUGGUGGCCCUCAUUACAUAUUAAGAUGGACCUCCCCACAAGCUAUUAAAGAAACAUUUGUACCAUUACGUGAUAUCACGUAUCCAUACAUGAAUGCCUAAAUACAUUGACGCAAAUUCAGAAAAAUACUAAAUUAUCAGUUAAAACCAAAUAAGAAAAAAAUAAGUAUAAUUUUCAUUUAUUUUUGUUUACACUAUUUGUUAUUAUUGUUUAAUAUUUUUGGAGAUUUAAAAUGAAAUCAAUCAUUAAGAAUGAGAAGAGUGAGUAGAGUGAAUAUGUAUACAUUUUUUUAAAUAUUUUUAGUACGAUUUUAGGAAGUGAAAAUAAUUUUUCGCAGCAAUUUAAAAAAAAUUAAAAAAAUCUCUGUAUAUUUUGCGAUAUGUGUAAUUAGUAAAUUAUUAAAUUUACAAUUCUGUAUUAAUAAAGUAUUUUGUUACAUGUAGAAUUUAUUUUAUU